AUGAAUCUUAAUGUAUCAAAAAGUACUAUUAAUCGUAUUGCUAAUAAACUUGGAAAAGAGUGUCGGUUAGGUUUAUUAAAUAAUCAGAAACCAAAAUUUUAUCGUCGACGCCAUGUAGCAACACCUGCAACUGUUCGUCGUAUUACGUCAUAUAUAAGUAAAGAAAAUCCUCCAACAAUCUCGUUAAUGGCUACCGAUCUGAACGUACAUGGUAAAACUCGGUUACAUUUUAUUGAACGUGGUUCAACAAUUACCAGCCGAUACUAUAUUGAACAUAUAAUAGAACCGUUUAUUAAAUAUGUUAUUCCUCGUUUAUUUUCUGGUGAUACACGAAAGAAAAUGAUUCUUCAUCAAGACAGUGCACCGGGUCAUACAGCAAAAUGGACAGUUAGUUAUAUGAAAGAAAAGAAAAUCCAAGUUAUGACACCUGCAGAGUGGUUAACUAAGAGUUCAGACACUGCUCCGAUGGACUAUUCGAUUUGGAGUAUUUUGAAAGAACGGGUAAGAAAACGCAAGAUGUCAACAUUAAAUGGGUUGAAAAAUGCUAUCAAACAGGAGUGGGAAAAUCUUGAACAGGAUGUAAUCGACUAUGCUUUGGAGAAUUGA